CAACAUGAAGGUCCCUGAGAGCGAGGCGCCGUCUCACCGCUAGAUGGCGCCCUUCCUUGGACAGCGUUGCCUAGCAACGGAACUUAAACUUAUCGCCAGGACUCAAUAACAACAACUUUGGCCACUGCUGUUGUUCCGCUGUGGAUGAGGAUGAGUGCCGGCCGGGCGUCUGAAGGAGCGGGUUGUAUCGCCUGGUGGGGCUUCAGUCCAGCACGAAAUCUGCUCAGAUUGGGCCCUGUGACGUUUGAUGGAGAGGUGAACAUACUCCUGGUCGGGAGUGGGGAUCCAAGACAUAUUUUGAAGACUAUUGCGGAUUCUCCAGACAAGCAGAACCUUCAUGUAUGGGUGAUUGAAACAAGCAUGGAAGUCGUGGCUCGGCAGCUGCUUCUCCUCUACCUCACACUUCUGCCGCAGGAAAGGAUGGGAAUCAACGAGAAGACGGAAGUUUUCCUGGAGCUUUUUGGAAACGGUGAAAUCCGCAGUCAGACUGAAGAGACGCUGAGGCGAGCUGCGGCACAGCUCAUUCUCUCUGUUACUGAAACAACAGAGGAGGCCAUGCACGCCUGCCUGAACACAACACUUCUGAAGUUUAGGGAACGAGAUGAACUAACCAGAAUAUUCAAGCUGUGGCUCCAGGAAACGUCACCUGCAGCUUCUUCUCCGGUCCUGAUGUCCAAAGCCUGGGAUUAUCGGGUCAGGCAGCAUCUCGGUACCCGUUACGACUCCAGGAAGGGAUGCUUUGACUGGGACCUUACAAUGAAGCUGCAUGAGAAGGGGUGCGGUAUCAUCAGCAAACAGCAGUAUAUGCGAUGGAGAGAAAAGGGUCUGGCGUUUGAGAUGAGGGAAGGUAUCUACCAAAUAACCAAUCCCACUUUACUCUCCACAAGGGUCUUUAAUCAACAGAAAGGAGACAAAGUCGGUAUUAGAGGCUACUGGGGAGACAUCGUUUCCAGCCCGUAUCUUUCUUUUGGCGUUGAAACUGAUGACAGGAGCCUGCUGAAAACGCAGAAUGGGCAACACUUGAAGACAGCCCAGGAUCUGUCCUACGCAAACGUGCAGGAAUUGUUCCAGUCCCUGUCCAGCAGACGGGGCUGCCUCACUGCGCUUCACUCAGACCCAGACGCAGGGAAGGCGGCCACGCUGAGUCAGCAAGAAUCCCCCAGCGUUAAUGACUUGAUGCCCCUCGGGGGGGUCUCGGUAACCUUCCUGCCGCUGGACUCGCUCCAAAAGCUGCCACAGAAGCAGAAAUACUGCCACUACUUCAACACAAUCUACUUCUCCACCACCUGCGUGCACCAGUUGGGCCCCGCCAUGAGACAGAUUGCUGCACCAGACGGCGUGCUUGUGGUGGAGCUGGCCAAGUACGUUCUGGACCUGAACAAAGAACAAGAGGCCGGCUUCGCAGAGAAAGCGGCAAGCUCGGCUCUGGAGGCGGGAUUUGAACCCUGGCGUGAGGCCGGCAGCGACGGCGUCCACGCGGUUUUCGUCCAGCAGAAGAAGAAGAAGUGAAGACGGUUGGCUCCAUCGCAGCUCUGCAGAUUGCUUCUGUUGAGACCAGAUGUCACGAGUUUUAGGAGGAAAACAAACUCAGCAGGCUUUUAUUUUUUUAUUAAGAUUUUCAGUUAAAUUAAAAUCUUGACUAGACGAUGUGUUCCAGG